CGCAGGUCUUCAUAAUAUGUAAAUCUCGGAAUAGUUCGUGAUACUCUGGGCCGCAUAGAGAACUAUAGACCCAGACACAUCCCCAAUAUCCCUCAGAUAAACAGAAUAAACUCAACUUAUGCGCGCAACCCGGCCGAUCAAUGGCGGGCCUACGGAAUACCUACCUUACAUACUAAGUACCGAAGAAAGCGCGCCUUUGGGGUCCCCUUUUGGGUCUCUUGGGGCGGACACUAACGGCCGGAACUGAGCUUCCCGGCAUGGGCUCAUCUCCUUUCCUCUCCAGACUCCAAUCUCACCGUCAAUCAAUACCGCGUAAGCUCAUCGUGGUCGUGACUGCAAUUCUAGCGGUGUGGCCUUUUGCGCGAGGGAAACAAACUCAUCGCGAUUUACCCAACCUCCCUUCCAAGUUCCGAGACACAAGUCGAAAAGCAGACAUUGGUUAUCUUUUCCAUCUCUGCUAGACCACAGACGCAGACGAACGAAAGCACACACCCCUCCACCCCCGCGCACAUCUCAUCCCACCUCACCAUACCCCUUACGGCCACGAUCCCAUCCGUAUUGCAAGGGCAAAAGUCAAAAAAUUCCAACCUACCUUCAACCGGAUCUGCUCUCCUCCGAAGGAAAGGGGAAAAACGUUCCACGGUCCACCAGUCACCAUCCACCAGUCACCAGUCACGCCCGCCAUGGCCUCCGUCGCCGAUCAAACACCGGCCUCCACCACCGCCGCCGCCGGUCUGCAAGAAAAGGCCACCGCAUCCGGCCCGCUCAAGACGCCCAUCGCCCUCCCGCUCCCGGCCUCCUCCACCCCGGCCGUCCCGGCCCUUACCGCAGACCAACAGACCAAAUACGACGGCCUCCUCGCCCAAGCCCGCGCCUGGACGGAAGUCAAAUGCACCACCGCCGCCCACGUCGCCAAAUCGGGUCCCCUGACGGACUCGGAGCGCCAGUGGCUCACGCGCGAGUGCCUCCUCCGCUACCUCCGCGCCACCAAAUGGUCCCCCAAGGACGCCGAGAAGCGUCUCCUCGAGACCCUGGCCUGGCGCCGCGAGUACGGCGUCGAGGCCCUCACAGCCGACCACAUCUCGCCCGAGAACGAGACGGGCAAGCAAAUCAUCCUCGGCUUCGAUAAGGAGCGCCGCCCCUGCCACUACCUGAACCCGGGCCGCCAAAACACCGACCCCAGCCCGCGCCAGGUCCAGCACCUCGUCUUCAUGCUCGAGCGCGUCAUCGACAUCAUGCCCGCCGGCCAGGAGAAGAUUGCCCUCCUCAUCAACUUCAAGACGUCAAAGAGCCGCGGCAACACGGCGCCCGGCCUCGGACUGGCUCGUGAGGUGCUGCACAUUCUCCAGACGCAUUACCCCGAGCGUCUGGGCAAGGCCCUCAUCAUCAAUGUCCCCUGGAUGGUCAACGGCUUCUUCAAGCUCAUCACCCCCUUUAUUGACCCCAUGACCCGGGACAAGCUCAAGUUCAACGAGGACAUGCGCCAGUACGUGCCCGAGGAGCAGCUGUGGACCGAAUUCAGCGACGGCAAGCUCGAGUUCGAGUACGACCACUCCGUCUACUGGCCCGCUCUCAACGGCAUGUGCAAGGAGAAGCAUGACGCCCGGACGGCCCGUUGGGCUGCCGGCGGAAAGCAGAUUGGUGAGUCGGAAGACUACCUCGGCGGUGCUGUUGAGAAGGGCCUCGGUGCGGAGGCUGCUGCCCCGGCUGCUGAUGAAGCUGCUCCGGUCCCGGCUGCGGCCGAGACACCUGCCGAGGCCAAGCCUACCGCAUAGAAUUCUUGACUUGGCAGAUGUUGAGCGGGAAGCGUAGAGGUUGAUUUGGAUCAUUAUAGCAUUCAUAGACUGAGCAAAAGGCGCUCAAACUAAUAGCAGGAUAGAGGGGCAAAAGGUAGACUUCUGGGUGCUUCACAGAGGCAUUGAGACGGAUGGAACUCUUCCAAUUGUUCCUCCUUAUGUAGAUCUUCUCACACAUAUAUAUAUAUAUUCCCC